UCGGCCACUCGGCGCUCGAUUCCUCGCCUCUCAGGCUUGAUCGAGCGGCGGAGAGACAAGAUGGCGGACAAGACGCCAGGCGGCUCGCAGAAGGCCAGCGCGAAGGCCAGAGUGCCAGACACAACCCGUGCCACUUCAUCUCCAGAGAGUCACCCACUUUUAGAAAGCAAACUUAAAGCAUUCAGUAUUGGCAAGAUGAGCGCUGCCAAGAGGACUUUAAGCAAGAAGGAGCAGGAGGAAUUGAAAAAGAAGGAGGAUGAAAAGGCAGCUGCGGAAAUUUAUGAAGAAUUUCUGGCUGCGUUUGAAGGAAGUGAUGGCAAUAAAGUGAAGACCUUUGUCAGAGGAGGAAUUGUUAAUGCAUCCAAAGAAGAACAUGAAACGGAUGAAAAACGAGGAAAAAUCUACAAACCUUCAUCACGAUUUGCAGAUCAAAAAAGUCAACCGAAAGAGUCAUCUUCUAAUGAGAGACCUCCAUCCCUUCUAGUAAUAGAAACCAAAAAACCACCUUUGAAGAAGGGGGAAAAAGAAAAGAAGAAGAGCAAUUUGGAGCUUUUUAAAGAAGAAUUAAAACAAAUUCAAGAAGAACGUGAUGAAAGGCAUAAAACGAAAGGUAGAUUAAGUCGUUUUGAGCCUCCUCAAUCAGAUUCAGAUGGCCAGCGCCGUUCCAUGGAUGCGCCUUCAAGAAGAAACAGAUCUUCGGGUGUACUGGAUGACUAUGCUCCGGGUUCUCAUGAUGUAGGAGAUCCGAGUACAACAAAUUUGUAUCUUGGAAACAUUAAUCCCCAGAUGAAUGAAGAGAUGUUAUGUCAGGAAUUUGGACGCUUUGGACCUCUGGCAAGUGUCAAGAUUAUGUGGCCAAGAACAGAUGAAGAAAGAGCAAGGGAGAGGAAUUGUGGAUUUGUUGCCUUCAUGAACAGGAGAGAUGCUGAACGUGCAUUAAAGAACUUAAAUGGGAAGAUGAUCAUGUCUUUUGAAAUGAAAUUAGGCUGGGGAAAAGCUGUUCCUAUUCCUCCACAUCCUAUAUACAUUCCUCCUUCAAUGAUGGAGCAUACUCUCCCACCACCUCCUUCAGGACUGCCAUUUAAUGCUCAGCCCAGAGAGAGGUUGAAGAAUCCUAAUGCACCAAUGUUGCCACCACCAAAAAACAAAGAGGAUUUUGAGAAGACUCUGUCGCAAGCCAUAGUCAAAGUGGUUAUCCCAACAGAAAGGAAUUUGCUUGCGCUGAUACAUCGAAUGAUAGAAUUUGUGGUGCGUGAAGGACCUAUGUUUGAAGCUAUGAUUAUGAACAGAGAAAUCAACAAUCCAAUGUUUAGGUUUUUGUUUGAGAAUCAGACUCCAGCCCAUGUAUACUAUAGGUGGAAGCUUUAUUCAAUUUUACAGGGUGAUGCUCCAACCAAAUGGAGAACAGAAGACUUUCGUAUGUUUAAAAAUGGCUCAUUUUGGAGACCACCUCCUUUAAAUCCUUAUCUUCAUGGGAUGUCAGAGGAACAAGAGCCAGAAGCCUUUGUAGAGGAGCCUAGCAAGAAGGGUGCACUUAAGGAGGAACAGAGGGACAAAUUAGAGGAAAUCCUGCGUGGGUUAACACCGCGUAAGAAUGAUAUUGGAGAUGCAAUGGUUUUCUGUCUUAAUAAUGCUGAAGCUGCUGAAGAAAUUGUAGACUGCAUUGCUGAGUCACUGUCCAUCCUGAAAACUCCACUUCCCAAAAAGAUUGCAAGAUUAUAUUUGGUUUCUGAUGUGCUGUACAAUUCAUCUGCAAAAGUUGCCAAUGCUUCAUAUUACAGGAAAUUUUUUGAGACAAAAUUAUGUCAGAUAUUCUCUGAUCUGAAUGCUACCUACCGGACAAUUCAAGGCCAUCUACAGUCUGAAAACUUUAAGCAACGGGUAAUGACAUGCUUCAGAGCAUGGGAAGACUGGGCGAUUUAUCCAGAACCAUUUUUGAUCAAACUGCAGAAUAUUUUCUUGGGGCUUGUAAAUAUUAUUGAAGAAAAGGAAAUAGAGGAAGUACCUGAUGACCUUGAUGGAGCUCCCAUCAUUGAGGAAGAGCUUGAUGGUGCUCCUCUAGAAGAUGUGGAUGGAAUUCCUAUUGAUGUUGCUCCCAUUGAUGACCUUGAUGGAGUUCCUAUUAAGACUCUUGAUGAUGACCUUGAUGGUGUACCUUUGGAUGCUACUGAAGAGUCUAAAAAGAAUGAACCUAUUUUCAAAGUUGCUCCUUCAAAGUGGGAAGCAGUGGAUGAAUCUGCACUCGAAUCACAAGCGGUAACAACAUCUAAAUGGGAACUGUUUGACCAGCAUGAAGAAUCAGAAGAGGAGGAAAAUCUGAACCAAGAAGAAGAGAGUGAAGAUGAGGAAGAUACUCAGAGUUCUAAGUCAGAAGAGCAUCACUUGUACUCCAACCCUAUCAGAGAAGAAAUGUCUGAUUCAAAGUCUUCAAGCAAAUACUCAGAAAUGAGUGAGGAAAAGCGUGCCAAACUCAGAGAGAUUGAGCUGAAGGUAAUGAAAUUUCAAGAUGAAUUAGAAUCUGGAAAAAGACCCAAAAAACAAGGCCAGAGUCUUCAAGAACAGGUUGAACACUAUCGUGACAAAUUGCUCCAGAGGGAGAAAGAAAAGGAAAUGGAGAGGGAAAGGGAAAGAGACAAGAAGGACAAAGAUAAAUCUGAAUCCAGAUCAAAAGAGAAAAAAGAAAAAGAAGAAUUUACACCAACAAGGAAAGAGAGGAAAAGGCGGCACAGCACAUCUCCCAGUCCAUCCCGUAGCUGUGGAAGUAGGCGAGCGAAAUCACCAUCACCAAAAUCAGAACGCUCAGAGCGAUCUGAAAGGUCACACAAAGAGAGCUCACGUUCCAGGUCUUCUCACAAGGAUUCUCCCAGAGAUGCCAGUAAAAAAGCCAAAAGGUCACCAUCUGGCUCAAGAACACCCAAAAGAUCAAGAAGAUCACGAUCAAGGUCGCCUAAAAAGUCAGGGAAAAAAUCCAGAUCUCAGUCCCGCUCUCCACACAGAUCUCACAAGAAAUCAAAGAAAAGCAAACACUGACAUACCCUUUAUUUUUAUGAUGCUGUCACUUACUGGAAAUGCGGUUUUGGUUUUGUGCCUGAACAGUCUGUUUAACAAAACGAAACAAAACAAAAAGCAUUCCUAAUCUUUUUUUUGUGAAUGCACGUGUAUACUCAUGAGUAACUGCAUUGGUAGACCUGUCAUUGUUUUAUAUUGUACAAAUACCUUCAUUGUGGCUACUUCCCAAAAUGAGAUUUUGUGUUUAGAAACUUCAUCGGAAAUGUGUGUAACUGAUCUGCUGGCAGUAGUGAUAUUUUGUUUUAGAAUGUUGUGAAUUAAGGGGAAAAACACUAUUGUUCCCCCCAUCCCCUUUUUUGUAGCUUUGACAACUUCGAAUUAGAUUUCAAAUAAAAUCUGAAAAGAAAAUGAAAAAAAAAAUGGUGGUUUCUUAUCCCCUCUGAUAGUUUCCCUGGCCAUACUUUCCCAACACAAGGCUGCAAAAGCAAGUCUUGAGCAUAAUUCUUCCAUCUGAUGGUUAGGUUAAAAAGUUCUUGGGUAUAUUGGGAGGUAUCACAUGACUAUACCAUUUGACUGAAUUUUUGCUUAAUUCAGGAACAUGGUAACAGUUUUGCAGUAGAGAUAAUGUGCUUUAUUUUUGUUCUGUACUGUAGCUUGGUCAUAGCCUGCAGGCAUAGUGAGAGCCCCUUUUCUCUGCCUGCCCUAAUCUCUGACCACUAUGCCUGCACAAUGACCAAUAAGUCAAGCUACAGAACAAAAUUUAAAGCACAUUAUCUCUACUGCAAAGCUUUAUUAACAAAAUAUACUGUAAAGGGAAAAUACAUUGUGUGUUUUAGGAGCCUGGAAUCAAAAUUUAGGCUUUUCUUAUUUGGCCUUUUCUCUUUGUCCUUGUGAAUUUCUUGAACCAUUCAUAACAGCAUCAUACUAAUGAAUAUUAGACUAGGUUGAAAUUUUAACCCAGUGUGUGAGGGCAAUGCUAGUACACAUUUCUGAAAAUGGAAAGGCUGAUCUGUAUUGUACACACUUUACAUGCAUGCAGUUCUUUUUCUUGCAUUUCACAUGUGAUACUUGAGGGUUCCUGUCUGAAAUACCCAGUCUCUCAUGAGAAUGUUGCAAGAUAUGCAAUUCUUCACUUAAUGUGAAAACUAUCUCAGUUAGCAUCUUUGGUGAAAUGGUACUGAGGCCAGAGUAUUAAGUGUGUUGGUUUCUUUUUAUGGAAGCAGUGAAAAACAGAAGCGAUAAUUCUUGUCAACAAAUACUGUAGAAUAAUCAUAACUUUAAAAACAUACAUAAUAAAUUGUCUUUAUAAAAAUGGCUUUUAUCCUGGAAGGUGACCUUGUAAAUGCAUUUUUGUAUUGAAUUCAUCCUUUGGCUGUGAAAAUUGUCAAAAAAAGAGUAGCAGAAAAUAGAUUUUUUUAACUUGUAUCUUUUUUUCUAAUAUACUUGUAUUCCCUUCUCCUCCCAUGAUUUUGGAUGCCAUUUUGUUUUAAACAUGCUUUUCUCUUUUGGCAUUGAUACAACAUAGCACCUCCUCUGGGUCACUUAACUUUUUUUCCAUGAAAGAAAAGUCACAAAAGUUCACUGUUUGUUUCCUGGAGGAGUGGGCAGAUUGUAAUAAAAAUGCAAAGUA